AUGGCUGCCCCGUCGACCUGCCCCAUCUCCCGCCGCGCCAUGGCCGACGUGCCCAACCUCCCCCAUCUCCCACCGCCAGGGCCGCCGCGCCCAACCUCCCCAUCUCCCGCCGCCAGGGCCGCCGCGCCCAACCUCCCCCAUCUCCCGCCGCCAUGGCCGACGCGCCCAACCUCCCCCAUCUCCCGCCGCCAGGGCUGCUGCGCCCGACCUCCCCCAUUUCCCGCGCCACCAGGGCCGCCGCGCCACGGCCGCCCCGCCAGAACCUCCCCAUCUCCCGCGCGGGUGUCCUGCUCCAACUGCCUCUUCAAGCGGCGCGCCGUGGCGUCCGCAUCGCCGGGGGCCGUCAUCCGCUCGCUCUUCGUGUCCCUCACCCGGUGCUCCACCCCCGCGCUCGUCGCCGUCGACGAUGGCGACCUCAGCCUCGGCCUCGGAGGGCGGCGACGGAGGCGAGCAGUGGCGCCUGAUUUAUUUGUGGGUGUUUGA